GCCCUAAAAUGAUUCCCAUAAAUUCAGAUUUUAGGGACCAAAUAGAAUUUGAGUAAUAAAAAAGGGACGAAAUUGGAUUCCAUUCCACCCAAUCUUUUGUUGUGUCAAUCCGAAAAAAUCCUCGAACAGUUAAUCAGGAAUCCUCCUCGCCGCAUUUUCCCCAACUCACCAAAACGAGCUCUGAAAUCUUUACGCUGAGACGUGUGGCGAAGUUGAUUCCCUUGAUCAUUUAAACUGUAAUAACAUCCUUGAUCAAAUGAUGGAUGAUGGAGCUACUUAUCAGUCUGAACCACAAAAACCAGUAUGGUGUGAGAGAAAACAGGCCGUAGUACAUGAAGAAAUAAUGAGAAUGAAUCAACUGCCUGCAAAAAGCACCUAUGUUGCACAUCGUUUAAAGGUUCUUAAUAAAAUUCUGCAACUUAUGUCAGUUCAGAGAACCGUGUCUCAGGAGAAGGAGCUGGAGUUGCUUUUUGCUGGUCUUUCUUUGUGAAAUAACUAUUAAUGGCACUGGUUUUAAGUGGCACAUUUUAAAAUCAGAUGCACAUCGCUGUUGUUAAAUACUGGUAUUAUAUACAAUAGAUCACUGGGUUGUUUUAGCACGCGGGGCCGAUCCUCAUAGGUGUAUAUUAGGCACAGGCCUGCUUGGAAUUAUAAGCAUUUUAAAGUCUUGUUGGUUGGUGCUAUUUUGUACAUCUUUGAUAUCAAUAAGGUGAACGUUGAAUAAAUGUUGGGUCUUUGUAACUUGUAAGUAUAGUUUUUUAUUAUGUUAUUGUUUUUAGAUUUCCUCGCUGCAAAAUUAGUAGAAACAGUAACUUUACGGCAAACAAGUUCCAUUUUGCAACUCUGAUUGGCACUAUAUUAUGAUUUGGCAUUUUUUUCAAA